AUGAAGGAGAUCCACGCCACGGCCACCCGCGCCGCGCUCUGCAUCCGCGCCGGCCUCGCCUCGGCGUCCGUCGGCCUGCAGGCGCGCGCCACGGAGCUCGCGCACCACAGCGGGCACGUGGUGUCGCAGAUGAAGGCCGCGGUCGAGCAGGCGCAGCGCGACAGCAAGCCGGAGCAGCCGGCGGCGCGCGCGGGCCGCCCGGAGCCGGCGUUUCCGCCCGUGCGCAGGCGUGUGCAGCUGCGGCAGGAGGAGGGGGGGGGGGCGCGCGAGGAGCCGGUGCUGGCGCACGUGAGCGCCGGGCAGGGCGUGCGGCGGCGGCGGCCCGCGUACGACGUGGAGGGCAUGCCGUCGACGUGCGUGCUCGGGCCGAACACGCCGCCGUCGUGGGUGGUGAAGCGACAGAAGGAGGGGGGGGGUAAAGGGAAAGGGGGGACCGAGGCGCAGAAGACGGAGACGCUGACGCUGCCGUUCCUGAACGGCAAGACCGUCACGAUCCCGAGGCUCACGCUCCCGAAGCUCACCCUGCCAGGCACAAGCGGCACCUCCGAGUCCGACGCGUCUGCGCCGCGGAUGGAACCGGCGCGCCCGACCCGCACGCCCCACACGCUCCCCGCCAAGCGGCACAACAUGCCGGAGCACGAGCGGCUGUGGCGCGAGGGCCUGGCGAAGGAGGCGGCCCUGCAGAUGAACGAGGCCCGCGACUGCUACCGGCGCGCCGUCGAGGCGUGCCCGGGCAUCUCCGAGUACUGGUCGCGCCUCGCGAAGGUCACGACGGACUGCCAGUACACCCCCGGGACCACCCCGGAGGCGGCGCGCGCGCUGCACCGCAACGCGAUCGAGGUGGCGAAGGAGGCGCAGGAGCGGUUCCCGGACAGCUCGCUCGGGCCCGUGGCGGAGUGCUUCGCGAAGGGGCGCCUCGCGCUGCUCACGGACCGGCCCAAGGACAAGCUCCAGCUGGCGAAGGAGGCCCGCGAGUGCGCGGUGCGCGCCAUGGCCAUCGACCCCACCGACGACGUCGCGUGCCACGUCAUGGGCCGCUGGCACUACGAGAUGGCCUCGCUGAACUUCGCCGUGCGCGCCGUCAUCCAGGUCCUCUUCGGCACCUCGCUCCCGUCGGGGUCCUAUGAGGGCGCGCUCGACUGCUACCUGGCCGCGGUGAAGCACAACCCCGCGCGCCUGGUGCACCGCGUCGAGGCCGCGCGGUGCAUGACGCGGCUGGGGCGCGACGGCGAGGCGCGCGAGUUCCUGGAGCCCGUGUUCGGGAUGCACAUCGAGGACAUCAACGCGAAGAUGACGCUGCGGGACGCCGAGACGAUGCGCGCAAAGCUGCGGCCUGCGGACGGCGCGGGGGGCGGGCGGCUGUCGCGGGUGUGGCGGCGCCGUGGCGGCGGGGCGAAGGCGGAGGCUCGCGGGCCGGGCGGCGAGAAGGGGACCGCGGAGUCGGGGGCGUGA